CAUUUCAAAGCUGUUGAACCCGAGGAAAGCUCAAAGUGUUCCAAUUUAGCCUCUCUUCCCUUCCUUCGCCCAUUUUCCCUCCUCUUUAUCAGCCCUAGAAAAGAAGAAGGAAAUUGCUGGGCGAAUUUAAGCAUGUCGUUCUUCCAUGGGCAUGCGUGCACUCUUCUGCCAAGAGGCAUGAGAAGGAAAGUGGGACUGGCAUGACUACCGACUACUUGCGGCCUUUUGUGUGUCAUCCAUUGUCCCUGGACCACAAAGUCAGUGCAGCUCUAUUUCGCGAAAUCUCAGGGCGUUUCUUCAGAUGGAGGGAUCUUGUACUGAUCGAGUUCAACCGGGUCUCUUCUAUGCGGGUCACUCGUUAACUCUCCUGGGAUUUUUAUUAGUCAAUAUUGUGCCCCAUGGGCUGACGGUGUUACAUUUGUGCUUGGGUCUGGGUUAUUUGGCUCUCUCCACUUGGACAUGGAACUCGAUGUGUGCCACGACCAUUUUUGUGUACUAUUUUGGUUUCACCAUCAUCAACACUUGCCAGUUCUUCUCGUUGCUCUACCGUUACCGGCCUGUUAAAUUUCCCGAGGACCUCAAUCAGUUAUACAAGCAAGUCUUUGAGCCGUUUGGCCUCUCGCGUAUCCAGUUCCAGAAACUGACGUCUUCCAACGUGGCCAAAAUCGUUACUCUACACUCUGGUGAAUGCUAUGCUGUCGAGAACAUGACCAAAACGGAUCGCUUGAGCAUCCUGAUAUCAGGUCAAUUGAACGUCCUCACGGAGAAAUCAUUUCUUCACCUCAUUGGAAGCCACAAUUUCAUCGAUUCACCAGAAUUCGAGUGCUCCUCGGUAGAAGACACUUUCCACAUCACCAUUUGUGCAGCGGGUCCUUGUAAAUAUAUCUCUUGGGAGCGCAGUACCCUGGAGUACAUGUUUGUAAAGGACCCUUCCUUGGCUCUGAUUUUCAACGCCCUCAUCAGUCAAGAUAUAACGGAAAAGCUGUUUGCCAUGAACGGCAAGUUGAGGAACAAUUUGGGUGUGGCCAUUGACAUUCGCUUGCCUGGAAUUGCCAGUCAUUUGGAUAUUAUUAGCAAAGCCAAUGGGAACUUCCAAGGAAACUUAGCUCAGUCAUGUUCGUCCGCUAAAACGCUCUUUCAAAAACCAGUUGUGUUUCUAGUUGGCUCCUCGUUAGCUCAUCACAUUUUCCAUCGAUGUGAGGUUCUACACGUAAAUGCGCUCCCAGAUCCCUGGGUGGUGAUGAUCCAAGGAUCUCGCAUAUUGGGUCGGUCUUUUGAGAAAUAUUUCAACUGAGUGUGGUUUGCAUGCUUUUGCGAUUCAAAAAGACAAAAAAGAACUACCGUUAUCCAUUUCAAGACGAACCAGCGGCUUUUCGUACCCUUUUAAAAAAAGACUGAUUUGAACUUGCAUCUUUCAGAGCAACAGAUUACAGAUUGGAUCCAGUUCCUGCAAUAAACUUCUGCAUAAAUAAUUUCGCACAUAUUUCGUACAACAACGUUAAUGGGUUGUUAAUCAUCUUUUUAAAGGUCUGCCUUUAGUGUAAAAAAGCGUUGAUUUGGAGUGACUCGUUUUGGUGCUUGUUGAUAAAUAUAAUAUUAAUAUGAUAUUUUUCAAAUUGAAGGAAAAGAUAGUUCUUCACAUACAUAGGUAGUAGAGGUUAAUGGAGUUGCUGAAAAUUA